AUGGCGGACGCUUCAGUCGCUGCACCCAAUGCAGCAGAGGGAGACCAACAAUCUCCCGGCAGUGACUUCAACUAUGCCGCUCUGAUGAUGGGCAUCUCGGCCAUCUUGGAAGGCAGAGACCUCCACAGCUUCUGCAUGAAGGACAUGUGGGGGGCCCUCGAGGAGCAACUCGGCAUCUCAUCCGCAGAGCUUCAAGACAGGAAGUCAGAGAUUCUCGACUUGGUGCAAGCAGAGGUGCAACGGAUCAUGGACCAAGAGAACAAGCCAUCGUCCAAGAAUGCGAAGAGCAUUAGCAAGAAGCGAAAGAACGCCGAGAACGUGGAUUGGCGCUACAUGCUCGAACGACGUGAAAGGAAGAUGGGCAAAGCUGCUGCAAAGAUGGGCCAGGCGUCUGAGCCGGACUCUCGACCUGAUAUCGAGCAGAUGCCGGAGAACCCGGAAGAAUUGCAACAGUUCAACAUCACAACCCCGUUGAACGUUACAAUUGAAGACAAUGCCAUACAGCUGUCGCCAAGAACUUUUCCCAGCGGCACUCGUGGAUUCCAUGCGCUGCAGAAGCUGACAGUGACCCUCGAUGGCAAGCCACGCAGCCUCAUCUGCCAAGUCAGCUGCGCAAUUGUCCCGGGUAAAUCAGACUGA